AUGGUCCCCAGUGUGUGGGGCUGCAUCUGUGACCUCCUGUUACUGCUGGCUCUGGGGGCCAGCCCUGCCAUGGGCCGCAACCUUCCUAGGCCACUGGAAGACUCAGAACUCCACCUGACUCCAGAAGCCCACUCCAAGGGCCCUGAUGUCUUCUGGGGGAGCCCCUGGGGUCCCACACUCCCCCAGGCUCCUGCUGCAGACUCUCCCCCUGGGCCAGCCCUGCACAGGCCCAGAGCAGCCCCUGGAGCUGCAAGAGAACAACUUCCGGGACCUGACAACUUACAGGUGGCGUGGGGGCCGGGUUUCCAGGGCUGGAUGGGACCUCCCAGUGCAUGGGAGCCUCUGGAGCAAGAAACGCUGGCCCCGGCCCCAAUGGGAGCUCUAUCGCCACCCUUCUCCCCCACAAUACCCCAGCCUCCCCCCAGGGCAGCCACGAUUCCUCCCUCUCCGUGGGAGCCUGGCAGCCAAGCUCCACGGCCUCCGCCUGUGGAUGCCGAGGCUAGAGACCCUGCUCAAACCCUUGGGGCCCCCUCGGGCACUGCCAGGGGGCCAGUACUGGGAGACCAAGGUGGGCAAGAGGAGGACUUGCAGGAACUUGCUCAAGGCCCCCUCACCAGCCAGCAGCAUCCUGCAGCCCCGGAUACUGGUCCAGCAUCCACAGUGGAGUUAGGAUCCCCCCCUCGGGAGCCUGGGAUCCAGGUGGACUUGGCACCGGCCAGAAGUCUCCCUCCUGCUGAGCAGCUGCCAGCUGAAACCCCAAAAGAGGCAGGAGCUGGAGAAACCAGGCCGGUGAGCUCCCCAGGCCCCCCACCUGAUGCCACGGCUUCCUCGGGACCCCCGCCCACAGGUCCUGCAGCUUCUGCAGCCCCCAGUGGGCAGCCCAAGCCAGCGAUAGCAGCGAUGAAUGGGGCGGACCCAAUUUCCCCGCAGCGGGUGAGAGGUGCGGUAGAAGCUCCAGGCACCCCCAAGUCCCUCAUCCCUGGCCUCGUGGACCCUGGCCCAGCCACAAAUGCAACAGAGAGUCCAGCCACGGCCCUGCAGCCAGAUGAGUCUGAAGAGUGGCCGAGGCGCCCCCAAAGUCACCCCCCUGCACCCCCAGUCCAAGCCCCAUCAACGUCCCGCCGGGGUCUCAUCCGAGUCACCACCCAGCGAGCCCUGGGCCAGCCUCCCCCUCCAGAGCCCUCUGACAGCUCCACAGCCUCUGUGCCUGCCUCCAGCCCCCCAGCCAAUGCCACCGCGCCACCCCUGCGCUGGGGGCCCCUGCGGCGCGUACUGAGCUUCUCCUGGGAGCUGCACGUCUAUGGGGUCGGGGUGCUCUUCCUGCUGCCCGCCCUGCUGGCACUGGCUACGCUAGCAGCCGCCCCGACAGGGCCUCGGCUGGCACUGGCUGCAGCGGUGCUGGUGCUGGUGGCUUCGGGGCUGCGGUCAGCUUACAUGCUCACUGACCCCUACGGCUCGCAGGCACGGCUAGGUGCACGCGCCGGCCUCGUACUCUACAACCUGCCCUUCCCUUUGCUGCUCACAGCGCUAGCGGCCCUCACCUUGCUUGGCCUGGGUGCGGGGCUGCCGCCACUGCUGCAGAGGCCGCUGCUGCUGGGGGCCUUGGCACUGGUGCACGGUGCGGGCUUGCUGACCACGGACCUGCUGUCCUCGCAGCCUGCGCUCAACCUCCUGGUGCAGGGCCUGUCCUGUGCCUGGGGUGCGUCGGUAGCUCUGGGCACGCUCUGCCUGUGCCGGCGUCGCCUGCUGGAUGGGCCGCGCGUCUGGGAUACCAGCCCGGGCCCACGGCUGUUGGCCGUGGCCGGUUCGCUGGGGCUGCUGGCCAGCGGCCUGCAGCUGGCAGCCGCACUCUGGCUGUACCCAGGCCCGGGCCGCGUAGGCCGUUUCUCGUGGGCCUGGUGGGGCGUCCACUUCUGGCUGCGCCUGCUGGAGCUAACAUGGGCAUUCGCCAUGGCACUAGCUGCAGUGGCCGCCGCGCGACCCCGGCCGCCCACAGAGCAUGCCUGCUGGGCCAAGCUGCUGCGGCUGGCGUGCCCCGCGCCGGUGGGCAAGAGUGAGGUGCCAGAGCGACCCAAUAACUGCUACGCGGGGCCCAGCGGCGUGGGUGCCACAGGCGGCCUGGACAUCAGCAAGAGUCUCAUUCGCAACCCGGCCGAGGCCGGCCCGUCCGCCACGCCCAGCUCUGGGGCCUGGGGGUCAGCCGCGUCGCUGGGUCGCGGUCCCCACGCGGGACUGUCCCGCGGCAGCAUGGGGCCGGCGCCGUCGCUGAGCGAGCUGGACCUGCGACCGCCGUCGCCCAUCAACCUGAGCCGCAGCAUCGACGCGGCGCUCUUCCGCGAGCACCUGGUGCGAGACAGCGUGUUCCGGCACUGCGGCCUGCGCGGCCUGGUGUCCCCGCGGCCUCGCCGGGGCAGCCAGCCGGACGCCGCCGAGCUGGACGGCGCAGGCGCCUCGCUGCUCCGCGGCCGCUGCCGGUCACUGAGCGACGUGCGCGUGCGCGGGCCCCUCCCGCCGCACGUGGCCGACGUGCCCCACGGGGCGGCCGCGGGGGCCUCGGGCAGCUCCCUGGACAGCUUCUCCAAGGGCUCGCUCAAGAUCAGCUGGAACCCGUGGCGCCACGGGCUGUCGUCGGUGGACAGUCUGCCCCUGGACGAGUUGCCCAGCACGGUGCAGCUGCUGCCUGCGCCCACACCGGCCCCGGCCCCGGCCCCAGCUCCGACCCCAGCCCCUGCCCGGCCUGGGGAGGCCCCGCCGCGUUGCAGGCCUGGAGACUCUCGCAGCGCCUCCAGCGACACCAUUGAGUUGUGAGCGGCCCUCGCUGACCACCAGCCGAAGUGCGGGGCCCGCAGCUGAUGGCCAACCCCCUACUGACUGCGAUACCUGGACGUCAACUUGCCCCUUACACGUUUUGCGUUUAAAUCUAUUUUUCUCA